AUGUAUUUCUCGACCUCUCUGGCUAUCUCGGCUCUCUUGGAGUUUGCCGCAGCGGUAUCUUGCCCGAAGUCAGGAUCUCCGACAUAUCCGAAGGCCACCGAAAAGAACACCGCCUUCAUUCCCUUCGUCAAUAAGUUCCCACUCAUCGAUAGCACGCCCUCACUCGCAUUCUCAGUCUUGACAAAAUACAAUGUCGACAAAGGAAAGCCAGUAUCUGUCGCCGCCGCCGGUAUGGACACCGGGUCCACCGGCGUCAUGAUCGGCGCCGGCCUCCUCGGUUUCGACGACAAAACGCCAUUCGACAAAUCCCACCCGGGUAACGAGUACCUCUCCUCUAGCGGCAGACUCUGGCAAGGCUACUGGAUCGAUGCGAACCUCACUUUCCCCGCCAAGACUGAUGAGCGCGGAACCGGAGAAGACGUCGUCGCAUCCGUGCCCGUCAUGGUCGUCACCGAGGCCAGCAUCUGCCGCGCCUGGAAGACCCAGGGCUCCUGCACGGAAGCGCAAAAGUCGAACAUCACAAUGUUCCCCAAGGAUAUCCACUACAUUGGCGUCGGCUUCGGGCGAUGGAGCACCGAGCAGCCCGACGCCCUGCCCGACAAGGUGCCCUUGAUCAACAUCGCCUCCAUCGGGGGUCGAGCUGUAGAGGGUAUCCACCAGGGCUACAUUCUGGGCAAGGAUGGCGUCGAGGUCGGUCUCACGAGCGAAAAUACGGAGGGCUUCUGCAAGACGAAACUCGACGUCCGAGCCGGAUCCAAGUCUUCUAUCGAUUGGAACAUGGUGAACAUGACCAUCAGCAUCAACAACUCACCCUACGACCACGGCCAGGCCCUCUUCGAUACCGGCAUCCCCCAGGCCUACGUCGCAGUCAACCAUGACGUUAGCUCACACACAAAGAACGUCACCUCCAAGUUCAUCAAGACGCACCCCAAAGUUCUUGCCAAGGGAAGCGUCGUGGUGGUCUCGAUUCCUGACGAAAAGAAGCCCAUCGCGACCUACAACGUCACUGCUCAGGGUGCAGGCAAGCCCAACCCUGCGACGAUGCAGCCAUCAGGUUUCGUCAUGGAGAGUGCGCCCGUAGCGCCAAAGUUGCCAUUUAUCAACACUGGCAGGAUGUUCUAUAACAACUUUGACGCCAUGUUCGAUUCCGCUUGUGGCUGGUUUGGAUUGGCGGAGCUCUCAGAUAGCGCGAAGAGGGUCAAGAGAGCAACUUGCCCAUCAUGA